AUGUUCGGCAAACCAAUGACAUAUUUAUCUAUUCAGACAGUUUUGUCUCAUUUGGAAUCAAAUAAAAGAAUGGAGCUAUCUGCAAGUUCUUCAUAUAUCAAACAAAGUCUGAACCGGAUGCCUCAGAAGUUCCCUCAUUUAGAAAUCGGAGACGGAUUCCUUGUAGUUGGCAACACGUACUAUACCAUGAGUGUAGUCCGAAACUACAAAGGAGGAGAAGCCCCAGAGUACUUCCAAAACGAAAAAGAAGACGGCGGAGUAACAUAUGACGUUGGAAAGUUUGCACAUCCCGAUUGCAGGUUUAACGCUCUAAGAAAUGAUGUAGAUGCUCCACCGACUUUUUAUGAGAUUGAAGCAGCUCGAAACGCCAAGAAGAGAUUGAGUGUACUUCACGGUUUUCUAAAGAAAGACAGAAUUUAUCCAGUUAUGGGCAGACUGGACCCAAGAUUGAAGAAAGCAUAUAUGUCGGAGGCUAAAAAACUCGAUGGACUUAUCAAGGAAUACAACGAGAAAGUGAGAAUAACAAAAUUGGAAUACAAGGAGUGCAUUGUAUUCAAUAAGGUGAAUGCAGAUGGUACAACGGUUGGACAAGAGAUGGUGGAAUAUAAUUGUUGUCUGAAAAAUGCAUGGGCAUACUUCCUGAAACGAUUCUUUGUUGUUAGAAAGGAGACGACUGUUGAAAAGCUACGUAUCUUUCAUCCAGAGCCUCACAUUAUGCUGCAAGGACUCCAACUCAGAGUCAAUGAUUUAAUUCUGGAAUCUGAUGAGAAGAAAUAUCUUUCUGAAAUCCAGCAAAACUUAUCGAUAAAGAGUUUUCCACUGAAAUCUAUCGAAGUUAAAUCUGAAUGGGUACUGGAUCACCCAAUGAUCACUACUGCUAACCAGAUCAUUAUCAGCGGAGGCUUCACUUCUCUCACUCCCAAUCACUUUUCAAAUGGGAUCAUCCGGAUUAAAUCCAGUAUCUUUUCAGCGGUCAUUGCAUCCAAUUUGCUCAAUUUUUAUCAGGAAAAUGGGUGCCCCGAACGGAAAGAUGUGAUUAUUGAGACUGAUGAUUUAAGACAAGUUAAAGAAGUUCUGAAAGUUUUUGAGCCGUUGUUGAAGGGAUUCGAAAGAAAAAUUAAAAGCCCAAAGCUUCCUAUUCAUUUCCCAAUCUGUAUUGCUCACAGAAUUCGCCCGAUGAAUCUAUACCUGAUCAUUACACAUAUGAAGAAGGAUAAUCAAUUAAUAUAUUCUAUCACUAUGUUUGCUGUUCCUAAAUUCUAA